CCGGACUGCCAGAGUACAUUUUGCUUCCCCUCGAGCAACAACACAGUAGCUACUGUUUGUGAAGUGUUAGUGACCAUCAACACAACAAGCGCAAACCAUGGCAGCCGCCUGCAAGAUCGAUCUGACGUUCGAGAAUGGCCACAAAAUGCCGGCCCUUGGUUUCGGAACCUGGCGGGCUCCGGACGACGAGGUGGAGAAAGCACUGAACCAGGCGCUCGAGGCCGGCUAUCGGCACAUCGACUGUGCGCCGGUCUAUCUGAACGAGCCAACGAUCGGACGCGUACUGCGCCAGUGGAUCGACAGUGGCCGGGUGACGCGCGAGGAGCUUUUCAUCGUCACCAAGUUGCCGCCGCACGGUACGCGGGCCGCAACGGUUGAGAAAUUUCUUAAACGAUCGUUGACCGAUCUUCAGCUCGAUUACGUCGAUCUGUACCUGGUGCACGUCCCGUUUACUGUGCCCGAAGUGGACGGUCCCUUCCUGACCGACGACAAUGGGGAAAUCGUACUCGAAACCACGACGGACCAUGUCAGCCUUUGGAAGGGCAUGGAAGCGAUCGCCGAUGCCGGUCUGGCACGCAGCAUAGGGCUAUCGAAUUUCAACCAGCGGCAAAUACAGAGAGUGCUCGAUAAUUGCCGAAUUAAGCCGGCCAACUUGCAGAUUGAAAAUCACAUCUAUCUGCAGCAGACCGGGCUGGUCAAGUUCUGCAAAGCGAACGGCAUUACCGUGACCGCCUAUUCGCCGCUCGGCUCGAAAGGAAUCGAAAAGUUGCUGAACCGUGAGGUGCCGGACCUGCUGGACAACCCGGUAGUGAAGGAGAUUGCCCAGCGCCAGGACCGGACGCCGGCACAGAUACUGCUGCGCCAUCUGCUGCAGCGUGGCAUCGCGACCAUUCCGAAGAGCACGAACGUGGACCGGCUGCGCCAGAACAUUGCGCUGUUCGAUUUCGAGCUGAGCGAUGCCGAUAUGACCCAGCUGAACGGGCUGGAUCAAAACGUUCGCAUCUGCGACUUUGCUUUCUUUCCCGGCAUUACCAAGCAUCCGGAGUUCCCAUUUUAAGGAGAUACACACAGACAGCUAAAUCUCCAUACAUUACCAUUUUAUUGCGCACUUACACUAGAAUUGGUUAGGUCACACGUUAAAUUCGCUUUGGGUAAAAAUACUCUUUCGCGCGCGUUAGUAGCUUGCCUGCAUCGCUUAUUCUAUCGUGUUGGUUAAACAAAACCAAACCAGCAGUAAACAUAAAUAAACCCUACAUACAUAGUAUAGCCAUCUGUGA